AAAAAGGCACCCCCUGCCCUGCGAGCAUUCCCCCAUGCAACCGCUGCCACCAUUUGCCUUAACCGUUGAAUUAUCGGUCACCCUCUCCUUUUCGGAAGUCGCUGCUUCCAUACGCCCUCCCUCACAGAUGCCUUCCCAAUACCGUCAAUCGCUAUUGCAAUCGUCGCCCUUCCCGCUACUUGAUAUUCCUAUUCCAGCCGCAGACCCCUUCCACCAUCUGACUGGUUUCUAGCCUUUGGCUCGCCCUCGACCGAAUAAGUCUCUUAGGCGAACUGGGCUUUGCAUUGUCUUGAGAGCGGUUACACUUCCCGAGGCAUUUUGAGACCACUAUGCCAUUUCUCUUCCCUUCUCUUUUCUUUUGUUCUUUUCUAAUUCGAUUUGAGCACAACUUCACCUUCCAAUUGAUUGUCAUGCAAUUAGAACAGGACAAGCACACCCCUACCCACUCCCUCUUAUAGAGUCCCUUCCAAUUGGUGCUAGAGGGUGAAGACUAUUUACCCCUUCUCCUGCCACUACGCCCCAUCCCUCUUCGCACGAAGUCUUUGACUGACCCGGCUACUGUCUACGUUUACUCUAAUUGAGAGAUGCAUGGUUGGCAACAGACACACUUCAAUUUUGCUAGGAAAGAAUGGUGGGCCAUCAACUCUGUGCACACAGUUUGAGGGGUAAAUUGUGACUGUGAGACUGUGUGUGCGUAGACCUUCGAGUGUCAAGCAGACCAUAAGCAUAAUUAUCCUCAGGACGCUCUCAAGAUUCCCUGAUAAGAGAUCCUCUGCAGGCAAAGUAAGUUAUUUUUCGAAUAUCGAAGAUUUUUGUUAUUUGUGUUGUUCAUAUGUGUUUUAUGCUUCAAAAUACAACAAAGAAUAGCCUUGUAAAAGUAGUGACCUAUGAUUCUUGGAGAUGCAAACCAACGUGGAUUGGUUCAAGUGAUUCGGUACUUGUUCUCAUUAAUCAAAGUCAUGGGUUCAAGCCUUGUGAAUGGAGAAAUAGAGUUUUACCACUUAUUAGUGGCCGAAUCAACCUAAUUUGACUGGAUUAGCUGGAGCCCCUUAAAUUUUUGAAUACUAGGUUGCAUGUUGGAAAAAAUUCUUGGACAUGCAUAAAUAGUGAGAGAGUUCUAUUUAGAGCAGGCUAUAUUUGUCUUUUAGACAGGCAUAAACUCAAAUUAUUGUAAAACCACUAUGAUCUAAGAACAAAAGCUAUGUUCAUCCGCCAGAGGGAAGCUAUGUGAGGGACAUUAUUGGAAUUUUGAAAUAAAUAUGAGGGUUACUUUAAGAAUUGAAAUUUGUAUAAACAAAUUGAUGAGCUUCAUACAACAAAGGGGGAAGGAGAAAAAUUCUUGUUUCCUAAAAUGUAAAACAAUAUGAGUGUUUUUAACGAGUACACAAGAACAACUCUUCUAAGGGCUCAACAUUUUCUUUUUGGCUCAAUAUAAGUGCUCAGCAAUUACUUAAUUAUACCUUUUCCAAUGCAUAUAAUACGUAUGUAUAUGAUUAUAUUCUUGAUUAUAUUAGUAAAAUUUAAUUGAAAGUAUUAAAAGAGCAGCUGGGGAUAUAUAUUCAUAUAUAUAUAUAUAUAUAUUAUGUAUUAUAUAUUUAUUGGUGCCAUUGAACCAAACGGGCGAAUGCAAUGCAUCAUAAAUCCUGCAAGAUAUCAUAAAUGAGUUCAACAUCGGGAACAUGCAAUUCCGGGAGGUUCAAAUUUUUUGUGUAUCCCUUAGUUUCCAAUUGGACCAACUAAAUCGAGGGAUUGAUAAUUUGCACAAAAGAAUGAAGGUGAUCGGGUUAAUACAAGGUGCAAUGAGAUGAAUAGAGAAUAAACUGAUUAUGAAACAUUUUCAUUGCCAUCACGCGGCUAAGGUCAUGUAUCGUACAUAAAUAUAAAGUUACCAUUUGUGUGCACGCCCUAGCUCGUUCAAGACAUAAAGAAUGGAUAUUUACAUUUACUAAGAAAUAUAUGGAACUAUCAUGGAUUAAUUCAAGUGAUUCGACACUUGUUCCCUUUUACUAAAGUCUCAAAUUCAAGUUUUGUUAAUGGAAAAAAUCUAAGCUAGGAGAGUUUUAUUCCUCAGUGGACUGAUCCGGCUUGACUGAAUUAGUCGAGAUCCAAUUAUACUUUUGGAUAUUAUCGUGCAACCGGAAAAAAAAAAAGAAAUAUAGAUGGAAUUCUACCAAAAAAUCAGAAGGAAAGAAAAAGAAAUAUACAUGCAAUUUGAUACUAUGUAUGUGGAAGACAAUUUUCGAGAGGGCCGACAAGAUUGAGAACUACAGGACACAUAUAUGAGGACGGAAAUUACUCAAGCACGUUUUCUACUGCAUUAUAAUGGUAUUUUUAUACAUCCUGAAUGCAUACAUACAAGUGACCAUAAUAAAUAUUGAUUUUUUUUUUCAUGUGUACACCUUUUUGAUAUUUGAAAAACCCAAUUGAUUCCAAUUAAUCCAGAUUUGAACUAAGCUAGUCCACAAGUCUCUUAAUUGUAAAUUUUCUUCGUUCAGAAGAUUUUAUUUAAGGGAAAUAGGCGUUGAAUUAUAUGAUGUAUCCAACGCUGGUGGUAAAAGCUGUUGUGCUUAUUUAAAUUAACAUUGAAUAUUUAAGAAAGGCUUUGGCUCCAACCUAGGAAAACAUAAGAUAUAUAAAAAUGUUAUCAAAUAAAAAGCUGUAUUAAUUAUUAAAUGAGACCGGUGGAAAAGGCCUAUAUAUAAGAUUCCAUGGCUCCAACCAGAAGUCCACAGUAAUUAUUGAGGCGGAAACCAUUUGUUCUUCUGAGCAAUAGAGAGAGAGAGAUCAUGGGAAGAGGACCAAACAGUUGGAAAGGUGGUAAGUUGAACAAAGGGGCAUGGACAGCCCUCGAAGACAAGAUACUAAGAGACUAUGUCACAGCCCAUGGGGACCGAAGGUGGAAUAUCGUUGCCAAAGAUGCUGGUCUGAGUAGAUGUGCGAAGAGUUGCCGGCUUCGAUGGCUGAAUUACCUAAGACCAGACAUCAAGAGAGGAAACAUCACAGAAGAUGAAGAGGACCUCAUUAUUAGGCUUCACAAACUCUUAGGCAAUAGGUGGUCUUUGAUUGCCGGGAGACUUCCUGGGCGAACAGACAAUGAAAUCAAGAACUACUGGCACACGAAUCUGGCCAAGAAGGAGAAGGCUAGACGGUCGGGUAAUGCAACAGUUGACGACCGAAAUUUGAAGGUAACCAAAAGAGCCGAGAGAGAACAGCCGCUUGGACUGCUCCAACCAGACAUAACAAAGUCAUAUCGGUCAUGCGACAUUAACAGAUCGGAAGACCAAGGCUCCGAGCUCAAAGACAGUAAACUCGGCAAUGACCUUUCACCGACAAUGUCUCCGGAGGAGGGUCCAGGGGAGUUCAAGGCGGGUUUCAUUCUUGAAGAUGUCGACCUCUCGGGGAUCGAGUUCGACUUGGAUUUCUCGGGGCUGUCCGGUGUUGAAGCUUCUGAUUUUCUUAAUCCAGUAAGGAAUUGGUGCAAAAAUGAGGCUGGUGAAGAUUUAAUUGGCGAAUCAUCGCGAUGGUUGCCUGCGGGAUUUUUGGAGAAUUGGAGCUCCGAACUUGCUUAUGGGGAAGAUUGGAUUAUUUAAAAAACCAGUAAUUUGUGCUUUUCGGACUACAUUUUCAGUUAAUGUUAUCCAUUCACACUAUAGAUGAAUAAAAAUCAAUCAAAAUUUUUGUAAGUGGGGAAUUCAUGGGGACCACUAUGAGGCUAAGUUUCUACUUACAAGCAUU